AUGUUGCACUUGUACAAUCUGACCCUUCAGCCACCGACCGCGAUUACUCAUGCGAUCGCCGGGAACUUUUCUGGCUCGAGACAACAAGAAAUUAUUGUCUCUCGGGGAACUCGUCUAGAGCUCUUACGUCCUGAUGUUCAAAGUGGGAAGGUUUCGACCGUAGUUGCCAGCGAUGUGUUUGGCUCCAUUCGUUCACUGGCGGCGUUCCGAUUGACUGGCGGCACGAAGGAUUACGCCAUCGUAGGGUCUGAUUCGGGUCGUAUAAUCAUCUUGGAGUACGAUCCCAGAAGUAGCAGUUUCGUGAAGGUGCAUCAGGAAACCUAUGGAAAAUCUGGAGCUCGUCGCAUUGUACCGGGUCAAUAUCUAGCUGUGGAUCCGAAGGGACGCAGUGUGAUGAUUUCUGCCAUGGAGAAGGCAAAACUAGUGUAUAUCCUCAACCGCGACGCGGCUGCCAAUCUGACGAUAUCGUCUCCAUUGGAAGCUCACAAAAAUACAUCUAUCAUCCAUGACAUUGUUGGCCUUGAUGUGGGGUUCGACAACCCCAUGUUUGCUGCCCUGGAGGUGGAUUACUCCGAGUCCGACCAAGACCCUACAGGGGAAGCCUUUAACAAUGCCGAAAAGAUGUUGACAUACUAUGAGCUUGACCUUGGUCUUAACCACGUUGUGCGGAAGUGGACCGAGCCAACGGAUCCUCGGGCGAACCUACUCGUGCAGGUCCCUGGUGGCCAACUGGCCUCCUCAGACCGUUACGAUGGGCCUUCUGGUGUGUUGGUUUGCUGCGAAGACCAUAUAAUUUAUCGACACAUGGAUGCUCCCCAGCACCGUGUUCCGAUUCCCCGGAGACAACAUCCUUUGUCAGACACUGACCGUGGUCUCAUCAUCAUAGCUGCUGUCAUGCAUAAAAUGAAGGGCGCAUUUUUCUUCCUUCUGCAAAGUGAAGAAGGCGAUCUGUACAAGGUCACGAUUGAGCAUCACGACCAAGAUGUCAGGUCUCUCAAGAUCAAGUAUUUUGACACCGUCCCGAUUGCGUCCAGCCUCUGUAUUUUGAAGUCUGGAUUCCUCUUUGUAGCGUCGGAAUUUGGUAACCACUACCUGUAUCAAUUCCAGAAACUGGGUGACGAUGACAAUGAGCCGGAGUUCUCCUCGACGUCGUAUACGUCGUUCGGCAUGGCAGACCCGUCUUCGUCGCUACCACAUGCAUUCUUCCGACCACGAGCUCUGGACAACUUGAUUCUCGUCGACGAGAUCGAUUCACUCUGUCCUAUCCUCGACUCAAAAGUCAUGAAUCUGCUACCCAACUCGGAUACACCGCAGAUUUUUGCCGCUUGUGGUCGCGGCCCACGAAGUACAUUCAGGAUGCUCAGACACGGUCUUGAGGUGGAAGAAGUUGUCAGCUCCGACCUCCCUGGUAUUCCGAAUGCCGUUUGGACGACUAAAGUGAAGGAAGAUGAUCCGUACGACUCGUACAUUAUCUUGUCCUUCGUUAAUGGUACUCUCGUUCUCUGCAUUGGUGAGACAAUCGAGGAAGUGCAGGACACCGGCUUCCUUUCCUCUGCACCCACCUUGGCUGUACAGCAAAUUGGCGCCGACGCGUUGCUGCAGGUCCAUCCGCAUGGCAUUCGUCAUGUCCUUGCUGACAGACGCGUCAACGAGUGGAGAGUGCCACCGGGAAAAACCAUUGUGAGCGCGACCACGAACAAGCGACAGGUCGUGGUUGCAUUGAGCUCAGCCGAGCUAGUUUACUUUGAGUUGGAUCUGGAUGGUCAGCUCAACGAAUAUCAGGAUCGGAAGGCAAUGGGUAGCACGGUCCUUGCGCUGAGCGUUGCGGAGGUGCCCGAAGGUCGGCAGCGUACCCCGUACUUGGCUGUUGGUUGUGAAGAUCAGACUGUUCGGAUAGUCUCGCUUGAUCCCGAGAGCACCCUUGAAACGAUCAGUUUGCAAGCGUUGACCGCCCCACCAUCCGCAAUAUGCAUUGCGGAUAUGCUUGACGCAGGUAUCAACAAGACGCAGCCGACAACAUUCGUCAACAUCGGCCUGCAAAACGGUGUCCUGCUACGUACUGUGCUUGAUCCUGUAAACGGUCAAUUAACUGAUACGCGUACUCGGUUCCUUGGUACCCGUCCCAUCCGUCUUGUUCGGGUUGUUAUCCACAAUAAUCCAGGAAUUCUGGCACUCUCUUCUCGAUCAUGGCUCAACUACACCUAUCAAAAUCUCAUGCACUUCACACCGCUCAUAUUUGACAACCUUGACUAUGCUUGGAGCUUCUCCGCCGAACUGUGCCCAGAGGGUCUGAUUGGUAUCUCUGGCAGUGUGCUUAGAAUAUUUCAGAUCCCCAAGCUUGGAACGAAGCUUAAGCAAGACGCGAUUCCUCUUUCCUACACGCCGCGGAAAUUCAUAUCUCAUCCGACGAACGGUCUGUUCUAUCUUAUUGAGGGCGACCACCGUGUCAUGGGCGAGGCUGCUGCAGCAAAGAAGCUGAACGAACUUCGACAGCAAGGCAGGAUGGUGGACGAUGAAGUUGUUGAGCUUCCUCCUGCGCUAUUUGGACGACCGAAGGCUCCGGCAGGAACAUGGGCGUCGUGUAUUCGCAUCAUCGAUCCCGUUAGCGCACAAACUGUCAACGUCAUCCAGCUAGAUAAUAAUGAAUCUGCUUUCUCUAUAGCUGUCGUUCCGUUCUCUGUCCGGGGCGGUGAGCUUCAUCUGGUAGUUGGCACUGCGCAGGAUACAUUCCUUGCCCCGCGUUCCUGCACAAGUGGAUUCCUUCGAACGUAUCGCUUCGUGGAGGGCGGCCGAAAUCUGGAGCUUCUGCACAAGACCGAGACGAACGAUGUGCCACUGGCGGUACUGGGCUUCCAAGGUAGACUUGUAGCUGGUGUCGGGAAAUCCCUUAGGCUUUACGAUAUGGGCAAGAAAAAACUGCUCCGGAAAGUGGAGAAUAAGACUUUCGCUUCUGCAAUCGUCAGUCUUCACACACAGGGAUCCCGUAUCCUUGUUGGAGACAUGGAAGAAUCGGUGUCUUAUGCUGUCUACAAACCUCCAGAAAACCGGCUGUUGGUGUUCGCGGAUGACACACAAGCUCGCUGGACCACCGCGAUGACAAUGGUGGAUUACAACACCGUGGUGGGGGGCGACCGUUUCGGCAACGUCUUUGUCAACCGUCUGGACCCAAAAAUCUCCGAUCAAGUAGACGACGACCCUACCGGUGCUGGUAUCCUGCACGAGAAGGGUGUGUUGGCGGGUGCUCCGCACAAGACGAAGAUGUUGGCCCACUUCCAUGUCGGCGAUCUUGUGACGUCGAUCCACAAGGUCUCUCUUGUUGCGGGAGGUCGUGAAGUGCUCUUGUACACGGGGCUUCAUGGCACCAUCGGCAUCCUUGUGCCGUUCGUGUCCAAGGAAGACGUGGACUUCAUCUCUACCCUGGAGCAGCACAUGCGCACGGAGCAGGGGAGCCUGGUGGGCCGAGACCACUUGGCGUGGCGAGGAUAUUACGUCCCUGUCAAGGCGGUGGUGGACGGGGACUUGUGUGAGACGUUUGCACGACUGCCUGCUAAUAAGCAGAGCGCAAUCGCGGGCGAGUUGGACAGGACGGUAGGGGAGGUGUUGAAGAAGUUGGAGCAGCUCCGCGUGACGGCGAGCGGGUUCUAA